AUCAAGGGCAGUGAAGAUGAAUUCGCGGUAAACAAGAGUCACGCAACUGGUUUGAUUGGAUCCCUCCAGCAUCAGUAAUAAUGAGUAAAGUUGGGUAGCAGCACACACACAACAAACUGCUGCUGCUGCAACAAGAGGGUUCUACGAGGUUGCCUUGAUGGAGGGUGUAGCUCCGUCGUCAUCUCUCGUGAAGAGCCGAGACCUCGAACGCACACACGCCGACCGGCAUUGGUCUGUGCAAAAGGUUCACUCCUGUGCGCUCCCACCACCGCAGUUUCAAGUCAAAAGGAGAAAAGCAUUUGGAACAUCAACAACAACAAAACGCCAACACACACAUUUUCAGCGACAGCUGACUUUCGUGACUCGACGGUUUGCACGACCCAAUAGUUCAAAGAGUGCCAGUGUUUUUCACCUUAAGGAAAAAUCACCCAGGAGGAGGUUUUUUUUUCGAAAAGAAAAAAAAAUUUCCCUCACUUCUACAAAGUCCGGAAUUGACACCAUCCGGCCAUUUCACCAUCAAUUGCUUCCUCUAAUCUUCGUCAUCUUUUUCAUGGAUGAAGAUGGACUGAAGAUUGACACGAACUGGUUCGGGUGAUGUGAAUUGUAUUCUCGUUAUCGAUCCGGUACCGCGAGUGUGUGUGUGUGUGUGUGUGAGUGUACAGCGUUUGUCGACCCCCCUUCUCCUACAACGUAAAAGGAAAAACAUUGAUUCCGGAGUGCGGAGAACCCACUAGGGGGAGGAGGGAAGAAUUUUCGUGUUUGUAGUUUCGUGGAUACCGGAGAACCGGAUCAGCUGAUAGUGACGUCAUCAUACAAACAACAACAACAGCAACUGCGUUGUUUCUUUUUUAUUAGCUCUGUUGUUGUUUUUAUUUAUUUCCCCGUGACUGGUGUAGUCCCCGGCGUCGUCCGAGUGUCGAAUGAGUAGCGGCGUGAUUCUCAACGGCGGUUGUGCUGCCGAGAGUUUCAAUUUAGGCACAGUGGAAGGCCAUCGGGAAGAUCCAUCCGGAGAGACUUACGAUGAGUGCUGGGAGCCGGAAGACUUGGUGGCCACCGUACAGUUUUUGGCAACAUUGGAUGACCGGUUACACGUGAUGCCCAGCAGCAGCCCAGACGAACCGGAUCCCGUUGUCGUGCUUUCGCCUUUCUGUCCCAACGACAACAGCAACAACUCUACCAACAACAUCAUUUCGACUGAGGAGAAUGACGAAGCAGAUGUAGGAAAUCUCGGCGGAACGAUGGAUACGACGUCCUCUUCCGUUGAGGUUGAGGCCAACGAACCUCUUCUGCUCCCAUCCAGCACCACCCUCCACUCUUUUGGGGACGCUUCCGCUCCCUCCGUUGCGUUGAGCGACAUCACGGCAGAGGAGAAUUCCGUCUCGUCAGCCGCCCAGACUCCGUCCUCUAUAGAGGAACGAUCCAUCAUCCGGACCUCCAACAAGCCAGCCCAUCUCAAAAGCGCGGAUUGGAUCGCCCCCCACGCCGGCCGUCCGUAUGGCAACGGGCGGCAACGGGCCGACGAGCCCGAAGAAAUAAAGAGUCGUCAACAUCUGACGAUCCUGCCAGAGCGAAAAGGCCAAUACUCUUGGCUGGCUGCUGGCAAACAAAGAAGAAAACGUGGAAAGUGCUGAACUGUCAUAGCAAAAUGCGUCCACUUGACACGGAGAAGGACGUGCAAACAAAGGCUCCAACCUCGUCCUAUAUCCGAGCUGGCCUCCUCCUCCUAUAUAUUCCUGGAUGUAUAGACUGUACACACACAUAUAUAUAUAUUGAGAUCGGGACGGGAGCUAGAGAGAGAGAGAGAGAAAAGUGCUGCGUCGCAGUGCACGUACAAGUGUUGUCCCAAUAACAGAGCAACCAACACACACAGAGAAGCAGACAGAGAAAAUAACGCCAAGUGCACGUGUUUCAGUCUUCACUCGCCCGAGCGCAAUCUGCCGACUCUGAAAGAACACAACACUAAUAAUCUACCGACUGCAUUCUACUUUUUUCUGUAUAUAGUAUAAUAAUACUGUACACAAAACGGGGGGGUUGAAGGGAAAAGAAGGAAAAACAAAAUUGGAGGGGAAAGUGCUUUUAUUUCUAUUCCGUGUAUUAUUGUAUAUGCUGUGUACUUAUGUAUAUAUCGUGUCGUUUGCUGAGGCUAUCUAUAGCGAAAUAUAUGGGCUACAGCCUGUCUAUUGUAUUCUCUUAUAUAUCUCGAAUAAGCCUAUUUGAAUUCUCUUUUAUUCAUGGCCGGCGUAUAAUGCAUACGGACGCGGGCAGUUUGGGUUGUACACACACACACACACACACAAAAAGACGAGGUAAAAUGGCAUAUAAAAACUCUUGAGGAAAUAAGGCAGGCCCAGUCAAAACUUUGUGUAAAGGCAAAGAUCAGUCAAAUUGGAUUGGAAAUGUCUCUCCGCACGAGGAUGCGUUCAACGGUCUCGUCGACUCUCCUGAUACACCGCUCCAGUUUCGACGGAUCGGGUUAGUAGAUUCUAUUAUGUACGUAGUACAUGAGGGGUAGUGAUGGUAGAACAUACAUACCUCGACCCUGAUCCCCCAAAUAGAAUCAAAUAGAAGGGGGGAAAUUCAAUUUUGAGGGCAGGCGAAUUGUCAAUUUAAAUCAACUUAAAAAGAUCCGCCAGUCUAACUCUUCUUGUGUAUAGCGGCUGAUUCUUCUCUGCUGCACCGAACGGCCUCGUCGUUUCACAUGACGAGAGUCUCAAUCUGUCAGCCAGGGCCUAGAUCCCUCCUUCAGCACAGCCGAAGCUCUAUAACUAUAUAGCCUGCUAGGCAAAAAAGCAUUUGGGGCCUUAAAGGCCCUGCUGCUGCAACUUCAGGACGCAACUUACCCCGGAUCCUUUCUUCUUAUUUUAUCGGCAGAUUAUCACGAAUGAAUGAUGAAGACACAGUGAGAAAUCCAUGAUAGGCUCCAAAUGGAUUUUUUCUCCAUUUAUUUCCUCCGCUGUGUUCCAGCAGGCCCACACUCUGUAUAUAGCCUCUAUGUGAUGAUAUAGUCGGAAAAGGGCCAGCGGGAGGCAAACCUGAAAGAAAAAUGAUACAGAAAAGAUCUGCAUGUUCGUUGAAUCGUUAAGAAACUCCAAAAACCACUUCAGAGUUUUCAGAGAGUCUAAAGCUGAUCAUGAAAAAUGGCUUCUAACCUCUCCUAACCAGAUUUUCAUGGGAGAAUGCCGAGAAACUUGUCUGAUCUCUUUCCACGAUAUGCGCAAAGUUGACGACAUUGGGAAGAAGAAGAAAAAAAAGGGCCCAAGGAGAAGAGAGAAAAAAGAAAGGGGGGAACUUUCGGAGGGGUUCCGCACAAGUUUUUCCCAGAAGCGAAUAACUUGCAGCAGCUGUAUUUGAAACAUAUACGACCUA